AUGUCGGGAUCGUGUCCGGAAGACAAUUUCAGGCCACCUGGAUAUGAGUUUGAAGAACUAGAUCAUGAUCAUCCUAAUACCGACAAUUACGACCAAUGGCGAACUUCAACAGUUCAAGUCCCAUAUGGCGGCUAUCCCUUGUCAUCUCAAUUCCUGAUUUCAGCUGGUUUAUAUGGACCUGGGUCUGGGUCUGGGUCUGGGUUCCCUAACAUUCAACUUCCAUUAGAACCCCCUCAACCCAUUAAUUAUAUGUUUCGUUUCCCUCCCCAGCCUCUACCGCAGAAUCCAUUUCCACCAGGGUACUCGGACGCAGAAGCACGAUUCCCCCACCCAUCUGAUGGUAAAAUGGGUGAACCCAUGAAAUAUCGCGAAGCUUGUCUCCGAAGGUUCUCAGCCGCCAUUAGAAAUAAACCCAAUUGGACAGAAAAGAUACUGGACAGAAAGUUAUUCAUAAAAUGGCUUAGAGAGACAAAAGCAGCAGAUUCAUAUCCUAGGGGACAAAAGACAUUAUUGUGGACUAAGGACGAUAUUCAUUUUGUAUAUAAGGAACUGACGAAACGGUACAAAGCAUAUGUUGAGGGCUGUGAAUUCAAAGGACGAUUGCAACCUGAUAUUGAUGGUGUUUGGAGAUGUGAUGAUUUUCUGGACGAGAAAGAAAGGCGGGAGCUCAUUGAUGCAAUUUCAACCCUAGAAAAUAUCCCGGAAGGUCAAAAAGACUGGCAUCCAAACUCAAACAACCAAGUUCUAAACCUCGUUCAUCCCUCACUAUGGCCUAUAAUCUACAACGUCACAAUCGAUACCUCUGGAAACUCUGUGGCCCCUCCGAAUGGGAAAAAGGACUGGGUAUCCAAAUCUUUCUGCUGGCUACCCUCAGAAUUCGAAAUUUCCCCCCAUGGAGAAACAAAAGUUGCGUCGUAUAUCAAUAACUUAUCAACACCGAAACAGAAGGAGUUGUUUUAUCCCAUUCUUGGGAGAAUAUUUGAUAAGUUCAUACCAUUGUUUAAUCAUGUGCUCGCGAACCUAAAAGAAGGCUCAUAUGACCACAAGAGGGUCGAAAGGGAUUACCGUUACGCACCACCAGAAAUAUUGUCGCAAAGGGACCACGACAGACGAUGGGAGAGAUUAUUAAAGCAGUUUGAGGGAAGAAAGUACUUGUUGACUGUGGGGUUGCAUAAAAACGAACCAGAAAAUUAUUAUUGCGGGUUAUCAGACGAUGCGGACGGACAAGAAGAAGCCGUAGAUAAUGAAAUUAAUCUUGAUUAUGAAGAGGAGAGUGACUGCGAGGAUCAAUACGAAUGCGGCCGAGAUUAUUAUAUCGUUAGAGACAUGGGAUACAUAUUGGACCAAAGAAUGUGGCGACCACCGAAGCCACAAACCUUAAAAGAUGUUAAGCUAGAAGGCACUACAGCGCGUGUUAUCGUCAAAAUAGCAAGUAUAAUCCUUACACCAGACAAACCCGAGUACACAGGUGGUACUUGGCACGUGGAAGCAAUGGAGAACGAAAGGAUAGUAUCAACAGGAAUAUACUACUAUUCCCAAGAAAACACCACAACCUCUCACCUCGCGUUUCGAAAGGAAGUUACAUUAGGUAAACCAGAUGAAAAUGAAUGGUCCGGCGAUGAAUUUGACGACGAUGAAGGAAAUGAAACAUGGCGUUGGAAUAAUAGAGAUCCGGAAAGGGAAGAUGAUUGGGAAGCAAAAUACGAUAUGAAUAUUCUGGAUCAACCAAAUCAAAAGCUUGGUGCCGUCGAAACAAAGGAAAACAGAGCAAUCGCCUUCCCAAAUAUAUUUCAGCAUCGCGUCGAACCAUUUGAACUCAUCGACAAGUCAAAAGAAGGACAUCGAAAGAUCUUGGUUUUCUUCCUUUGCGAUCCUUCACAUAAUAUCCCGACAAGCCGAACGAUAGCUCCCCAGCAACCAGAGUUUAGAGAGGAAUUUGUUCAAGCUUUAAAUGAUGGACCGAUAGGGAAUCUUCCCCCAGAACUUCAUCAGGAAAUAUUAGGACGGCUCCCACCUGUUAUUUCAAAAGCGGAGGCAUUGGAACAUCGAAAACACUUGAUGGAGGAGCGGGGGAAGGCUACAAAGAAGACUGGCGAAAGGUUUGGGAGGAGCACAAGCUAUCAUUUGUGA